AUUAGUUGCAUUAAUCCAAUAUGACAUUCCUUUUGCCAUUUGUUUUGAUGUCGCCGCCCCGCAUUCGCAUUCGCGCUGCUCCUUAAUCAGCCCGCAAGCGAUUGUGUUUUAAAUGAUUAUUAAUUUAAAUGCGUUUUAUGCCCCCUCAGGCGUAGCUCUACCCUAUCAAAAGAUACAAAAAGUUGAAAGGCGGCAUAUAGCAUAUAGGUAACUAUCUGAUUGUAAGCUCCACAAGCUGGAAAAUGCUGAAACUGGCUACUUUCAUGUUGAUGAACAUUACAAAGUUAUUAACAAAUUAAGAGAAUGUAUCUAAUAAACCAUAUUGCACUCUAGACAUUGAUUAUAUUUCAUUGGAGCAACCGAAGCUAUCUGUUAGAUAGAAUCUCAAAAAAUCCAUCUAUUUAUUUCUCGUUUUCUAUAAUUCAUAGAGUAUCUCGAAAAGAGGCGUAUUGAAUAUGGGCCGCCCAUUUUUAAUUGACUUAUAGCAUAGUUGUGGCCAUAGUUGUUGCAAUUAUUUACAAGCGUUUGUUAUUAAUGAAGCAUGGCAAUCGGAAAAAUGACUGGCGUUAAUGUAAUUUCCCGAUUUCAACAGUUGCAUCCAGCUUUCGCAAAUUAGCUCAGCAAAAAGAGCGGUAAGCGGAAAAAAAGGAAAAACUGAAAAAAUAAACCAUUUACCCAGGGGUUCGAGGCGAUGGCAGGCCUGUUUUCCCACGAAAAUGGGUUUUCUCGAGUGGGGGAGGGGUGGAAAAACAAAUUACAUGCGACUUGUUUGUUUUGCAAAAAUACUCGCCCAUUUGCGAUUGGUUUUCGGGCCUAGACAAAAGUGCCUCGAGAUGAAAAUAGGGCUUCGUCAUUUGCGAAUUCGACAGUUUUCCUUCGAGCGUAUCAAAUCAACUCGCAAACAGCGGCGCUCAGGUAUCGAAAGUCGAGGGUCCUUGGCAAGUGGGGCCACCCCGACCAGCAAUAUAUCCCAAUAAAUAUGAGACGGGAAAUAAAAUAUAUCUCUCAUUAAAUGAUGACAGAAGCAAAUAUGAAAACACGCCCGAGGCGGAAAAUCAACCACCGAGCAGCAGGAGUGCCUGGUAACGAAAAGCAGCCAGGAUACACGACUCGGUCGACUCGGUGGGGAGAAGACAUGGAGCUGGUUGGGGCAUUAAUUACAACUGUCUAAGUACGAUUCUGGAUGGCCCCAAACAAAGGUGGAAAUGCGGGGACGAGGCCCACGAAAGCACUUGAGCUAAACAAAUAUUUAAGUUGAUUGGGCGGGCGGCGCCGGCGAGCGGCAAAUGCAAAAAGUUUCCACUCAAGAAGGAGUUCACCAAAUUCGCAUAAAUUCAAUGCGUGCCAGGGCAGCCGUGAACUUUUUAAUGUAUUUUAAAACACUUUCCACUAAACAUUUUAAGCAAACUGCUUCCCCAGGCCUGCGCUCCGCCUUAGUCGCACUCCGUCCCCUGCCAAGUUGACUUCCUGCGAGAGCGGCAAAGUUUUCGCCCCUCCGGAGUUGCAGGCAAAAUCCCACGGAGGCUGAAAUCAAGUAUUUCAUUUUGGAUUCAACUGCUGUCCGGGCAGUGCAACAACUAAAUGGCAAAGUAUUUCAGCUCAGCGCAGGCCGGCCCAGCCAGCACCAAGCUGGCGAUACCCUGUCCUGUUGGCCAUGCAACACCAUAGUUCAUUCGAAUUUCCACCUCAAAACAAAUGAACUGAUAAGUGUUGGCCGGAGCAAACAAGGCGAAACAAUAGUUAUCAAGUGACUGUGGCUCAAGUAUUAUAAUUCCGGCGAGUUCUUAAGUCGAAUAUUUCACGCCUGCCCCCAAAAAGGAAAUUCGAGUUUCGUCGAGAGCUGGCUGCCAUGGAUACAGUGAAGCAUUCGAGCAGUCCACCAGUCGAGCAGCAUCAACGUGGUAAUAACAAUGCCAGGAAUAAGAAAAAGUUCUUGAACAGUUUUCGGCCACCCCCCAGAUGGUUUUCCAUUUCCCCCUUCUGUCAGCUGCCAGCCAGCCGAGUUGAGUUGAGUUUUCCAGCAAGUUUUGCUUUACCGAAAAUAUAUAAACUCCAUUUUCCAUUUUCCAUUUUCGUGGGCUUCGUGGUGCCCCGGUCAGUGUGUCAAUGUUUGUUUUAUGUGCCUAGGCCGAAAGUUGUUCCAUCGCCAGAGGAUGGCCAUCGGUGGUGGCUCUGUUUUCAAUCCGAGCGGUAAGAACUCGUAAUUAAUUACUCCGUCUGACGGUUAAUAAUUGAGUAAAUAGAAUUGGACCUCACUGCCCCACUGCGGCAUUCACACAUUCGAAUUAAUAAUGCCGUCGCUGCAAAGUCUGUGGCAUUUGUCCCGAACUCAAUUUGUGUGUGCUUUAUGACUCCACUUAGGCCUUAACUCGGGUCUUAAGCUGCCAGCAUGUAAUUGCAUUAAUUUAUUUUGGCCAUCUAAAUUCUCCGAGCAAACGAUGGCCAAACUUUGCCGGCUGCCCAGUUGCAGCUGCAUCUCCAGCUGCUGUGAUCUUUGACCACGACAACAAUACCGAUACGAUGGAGCCGGUAAAAGUCUCGGGCUUAGCAGUAAUUAAAACCCUGAAAUGUUAGACGAAUCCCAAAGCAGCAGCAUGCAAUUCGGAGCUGCAGGAUGCGAGGCAAGCAAAAGUUUUCACAUUUGAAAUGCAGCUAGGAUUUGUUUUAGUUUUUGCUUAGCAUUGCAGCCAAAUAUUUGAAGUGGCUCACAGAUUUGCUGCUUGCAACACCACAGGCCGAGCUGCUUGACGGCUGCAAUUGGAAUUUGCUUUUAAUUGUUUUUAAUUAAGUAUAAUUUAUUGUGCAAACAUCAGAGGGCCAAGAUUUGUAUGCUGAUGCAUUCACAAUUCCCCAGAGACCGAGACACUUUUGCAACCGCCACUUCAUUUGCGAGCGCCAGCAGGCUAAAGGUCCUGGCACUCGAAUUUAAAUAAUAAAUACCAUUAUAGGUUUCUCGCUUUAAUGGCUUAUUGAUUUUACUUUGCCGCUAAUGAGCACAAGCCAGUGAGCUUCGCUGCCCAUUAGGAGGACUCACUCACUUUUCACUCGACAUGCUGACGGACAAGUUCCUCCGACUGCAGACCGCUUUCUUUCGCCUUCUCGGACUCGAAUUGUUGCACGAACAGGAUGUUGGCCAUCGAUAUCCUUGGCGCAGCAUCUGCUGCAUCCUCUCGGUGGCCAGCUUCAUGCCCCUGACCAUCGCAUUUGGCCUGCAAAACGUCCAAAAUGUGGAGCAAUUAACCGACUCACUCUGCUCGGUUCUCGUGGAUUUGCUGGCCCUGUGCAAAAUCGGAAUUUUCCUUUGGCUUCACAAGGACUUCAAGUUUCUAAUAGGGCAGUUUUAUUGUGUUUUGCAAAGGGAAACUCACUGCGCUGUCGCUGAAAUGAUAGUGACCAGGGAAAGUCGUCGGGAUCAGUUCAUCAGUGCUUUGUAUGCCUACUGUUUCAUUACGGCUGGCCUUUCGGCCUGUCUGAUGUCCCCUCUGUCCAUGCUGUUCAGCUACCAACGAACAGGUGAAUUGCAGCCGGACUUUCCCUUUCCCAGUGUAUAUCCCUGGGACAAUAUGAAGCUGUCCAACUACAUCAUUUCCUAUUUCUGGAAUGUGUGUGCUGCACUGGGCGUGGCACUGCCCACCGUUUGUGUGGACACACUGUUCUGUUCUUUGAGCCAUAAUCUCUGUGCCCUGUUCCAGAUUGCCAGGCACAAAAUGAUGCACUUCGAGGGCAGGAAUACGAAAGAGACUCGUGAGAACUUAAAGCACGUGUUUGAACUAUAUGCGGUGUGUUUGGACCUGGGCCAUUUCUUAAACGAAUACUUCAGACCGCUCAUCUUCGCCCAGUUUGUGGCAGCCUCACUGCACUUGUGUGUCCUGUGCUACCAACUGUCUGCCAAUAUCCUGCAGCCAGCGUUACUCUUCUAUGCCGCAUUUACGGCAGCAGUUGUUGGCCAGGUGUCCAUAUACUGCUUCUGCGGAUCGAGCGUCCAUUCGGAGUGUCAGCUAUUUGGCCAGGCCAUCUACGAGUCCAGCUGGCCCCAUCUGCUGCAGGAAAACCUGGAGCUUGUAAGCUCCUUAAAAAUCGCCAUGAUGCGAUCGAGUUUGGGAUGUCCCAUCGAUGGUUACUUCUUCGAGGCCAAUCGGGAGACGCUCAUCGCGAUUGUGCGCACUGCCAUAUCCUAUGUAACGCUACUCAGAUCCCUGGCCUAGCUGACCGGCCUUUCAUUAUUCAGAGGGAGUCGUACUGGUUUGUUUAAGUCCGGAAAUAUUUACAAUUAUGCUUUAAGCCGGUGUUGUUACAGCCAGUUUGCUAAUUAAGCCAUGUUAAUGGCAAUAACUGCUAUGGAAAACCAGUGCCUGCGCCUGUUAAUGCCUUUUGCAUUAUUGGCCUUGCUCGCAACGCCAUCAGGACAUUGAACGCACGUAUACGUAAUAUUUGCUGUCGCCCGCUGUCCGCCGCUGUAAUUUGCUCUCGUUGUUUUUGUGUGAGCUUUUUGUUGUCCUUUUUUAUGUUUUUUUUUUUUUUUUUUUUUUGCCAUCCUCGCACAACAUUGCGGUUGUCUGCACGUGCUCGACGAACGAUUAUGUAUAAAAGUGUGACAUGGUCAAAGGAUUUGGCCGAUUUAACUUUGUUUUGGCCGAUAGACAGGCGGGGCUUUGCCCCACCGCCCACCGAAUGUGUGAUCCCGUGUGUGUGUGGAGACUGCACGUGAGUGCGGUUGGGAAAAAGCCAAUUGCAGUGACCGGGAUUUCAGCGCAUCCGCCGGCGGCUCUUAUAACUGCAUAAACUGCACGCAACACGGCGGCUUAAGUUUAGCCGAUUUUGUAAUUUGUUUGUAGCCACAAUGCGUUUGCUAACAGGCUCUGCUGUACACGCAACGAAAAAGAUUUAAGAACUAUAAGUAUCAAGUAUUAUUGUUAUAUUUAUUAAAUAAAAGGUUUGCCUAAUGCCAAGCAGAAC